AUGGUGGCCACUGUCUGUCAGGUGAUGGGCUUCCUUCUCAGUUUGUUAGGGGUGGCGGGAAUAAUUGCGGCGACUGGGAUGGACCAGUGGGCGACGGAAGACCUCUACGACAACCCUGUGACUGCCAUUUUCUCGUACUCUGGCCUGUGGAACUCGUGCGUCAGGCAGAGCUCUGGCUUCACAGAGUGCCGACCGUACUUCACCAUUCUGGGACUGCCAGCUCUGCUCCAGGCCGUGAGGGCCCUGAUGAUCGUUGGUAUUGUCCUCGGAGCCAUCGGCUGCAUGAUCGCCAUAUUUUCCAUGAAGUGCUUGAAAAUGGGGAACAUGGAGGACAGCAUCAAAGCCACAAUGACUCUCGCAUCUGGGAUCAUGUUUCUUCUCUCAGGGGUUUGUGGCAUUGCUGGGGUGUCGGCCUUUGCUAAUUUGAUUGUGCAAAGUUUCCGGUUCACAACGUAUAGCGAUGGCGGGUACGGCAUGAUGGGAGGGGGUAUCGGUGGACUUUCAGGAUCUCUGACUCCGAGGUAUACUUUUGGCCCUGCUCUUUUCGUGGGGUGGAUCGGCGCAGCCAUCUUGGUCAUUGGAGGCGUCAUGAUGUGUCUGGCCUGCCGUGGAAUGUCCCCGGAUAGAAAUCAACGGUACGACGGGAUGGCUUACAAAACCGCCUCUCAACCCACUAUCUACAAGACCGACCCCAGACCCCGUCCAGCCCGCAAUGAGUCCUACAUGGCCCACAGUGUGGAGGGAAGGAUGUCCAACCAGAGAUUUGACUAUGUGUAG